ACUUUUUACUGAAUAUAUCUUUUUUUUUCUUCAGAGCGCGAAAUUGAACCAGCUCAUGUAGUUCUAUUGGCCGACAGAGAAAAUUGGGAUGCAGCUGAUGUGGAAAACCACGAAUAUCUAAAUGUACCAAGCAAAAAAUUGAUUCUAGUCUUCACUAAUACUCCAAAUUGCUAUGAUCAGCCAAACUGUACAAAAGAAGUACAUAAGAUGCAAGAAGAAAGUUUACGAAAUAAUAAAACUGAUAUUCCAUAUAAUUUCCUCCUCGCUGAAGAUACCAGAAUUUACGAAGGUAGAGGAUGGAAAUAUGCCCCAGAUAUAUCGCCUUACAGUGAUAACUCAACUCUGGCUUUUGCCUUUUUGGGUAUCCCUGGCAAAACAGAUGUGUCUGCCCUUGAAGAACAGCUUUUCGUUUUGAUAAACCUUUCGAUCUCACAUCACAAACUCAAACGCUGCUUUCGGGUCCUGACCAGGCCUGAAGAAAGUCCGCAUCUUAAAGAAAUUACUGAUCGUAUUCAGUCUACAUUCUGGAAUACUAAGUGUCGAUGACUGAUUUUUUUUUAUUUUUUAGAGUAUUUUUUAUCAAUAUUGUGUCAUGACUUUUACAAAUUGUAUUUUUUUACAUUCUUAAUGACGAAAUAUAUGUAUUUUUAAUUA